CUUACUCUCACCAUAAAUGCAGCUUUCAGCAAUGGAGUUGAAACUCAGAAGGAAAAACACUUGUUCAUCUGCAGUUUUGCUGAUUCUCUGCACUAUAUUGGUAUUGGUCACUACUGGCUUUGGUUCUGCGGAUGAAGGAGAGCAGCAGUAUAAGGUGGAGGAAAGCAGAAAUGAUGAUGCACCAGAAAAACCAUCUUUGUGGAAGAUGACCAGAAAUGCUUUUCCUCCGUACACAUCUUCACCUUUGGGGAUCCGAAGCUACUUGGAGAAGGCCAAAGCGCUUUUGAACCAAGGGCAAGCCUUCAUCUUCCCUCCCAGUUUAGAUUUUAGGGGGAGUGGUAAUAAUAUUUAUUUUGGAGAGGAGGCUGGGAGCAGAGGAGGAGGAGGAGCUGGAGAGAAGGUGAGAGAGGUUGUGGGGAAUAGUUUUGGGAAGAGCACAGAGACGGUGGACUCCUCGGCUAAAACAGCAGCCAAAUUAGUUGGGGAAACAGUGCAGAAGACGAAGGAGAAAGUGAAGAGGAGCUUUUCUGACAGAGAGAGUAGAGAACCUCAAUCUGAGCUCUAGGCGGCUCUGUUUGAGUAGAGCAUAUAUAAAGCUUUUGGUUUUCUUGUACCACGGAUAUGUUCGUAAUUAAGUUCAAAUUUUUGUAGUGAGUGCAGAGAGCUUGAUA